AUGGGGGUCGGUGCCCUCGGCUUACCGUGGGCAGCAGCGCGCCUGGGGUGGAUUGCAAGUGUAACAACGCUGAUGGUGUUCGCCUUUUGCAGCACCUACUCCGGGGUCCUGCUUGCGCGCUGCAGAGUAGAGCUGUAUAGAGGGGAGGGCGCUGGCGGCUAUGGUGACCUGGCCGUGCGCACCGUCGGGCCUUGCUUUGGUGCCAUCUCUCGUACCAUCAUUGUGGCCAAUUGGGGCCUGCUCCUGCCCUACUACUUGCUCACCGCAGGCAAGUCGCUCAUCUUCAUCGCGCCCAAUGCGCAAAUAUGUGAUUGGGAAUGGACGGCAAUCAUGGCGCUGGCGGUCGUGCUGCCAAUGCAGUUUACGACGCUUGUCGAAAUCUCGAGCCUGUGCGGCGCGUCGACCAUCGCCAUCAUCACCGCCAUCUGCAUCAUCAUCGCAAAGCUCUUUGUGGACGCCGCCAACAACGAGGGCGGGAGCGGCGAUGCAACGACGCAGACUACCCUGUGGCCGCCGAAGGAAACCGGCUUCAUCGACUUCUUCGGUGCGCUCACGGCGAUCGUCUUUGCGUACCAGGGACAGGACAUCUUUUGCGAGGUGAUUGCUGAAAUGCAAGACGAGCGCGACGCGCCGAAGGCGAUAUCUACCUCGUACGCCCUCAUGACGCUCACCUACAUGUUCACCGUCGUGACAGCGUAUGGCCUGCAAGGCGUCGGGGUCGAAGAUUUUCUUCCAAACUCGCUCGAGGAGGGUUGGCGAACGUCCCUCGUGGGCGGGCUCGUUGCCUUCCAUAUCCUCGUGGCGUACCUGUGCCUUGGCAUUCCCUUCAUGAACGUUAUCUACAGACUGCUCUUCCCUAAGACGCCCAUCAUCAUGGGCGGCACAGGGGCGCGCGCCCGCUGGUUCGUGUUGUCGAUCGUAGUCAUCGGCGCCUCCUUCCUUGUUGCUACCGCAGUUCCCAGCUUUGGGGCAAUCCAGUCGCUCCUUGGUGCAUUCGCCGGCGCGCCGAUUGUGUUCGGUUGGCCGCCACUCUUCUACCUGCUCGCGUGCCACCAGAAAAACAUCGAUGUCGCCGGCUUCGACAAGGUGAUGUGCUUUCUCUACCUCUGCGUGCUGCUGCCCUCCUUCUUGAUCUUCGGCGCGUGGGAUGCCAUCACCACCGUUCUUGAGGACCGAUCCGAGCACCCAGUCUUGUUCAACAAGUGCUGGACAGUCGAGCCGACCAUGUGA